AUGAAGCAAAGAGCCAAUCGUCGUCGUUCCCAUCUCUGGUCUUCUCCUGUCGCCGAUGUGCCGGUCUGUCCUUCUCCGGAGGUGGCUAUCUCAUCCUCUGUGGAUGCAUCUGUGCCACCUGCAGUCACCACAUCACCCAGUCGAGUUGUGUCUCCUGCUCCUGAUCCUAGUGUGGCUAUGGCUAUUGUUCCGGUUCUGCCUACCGUCACAGAGUCAUCUCUGUCGCCGUCCCUUCCCGAGGUGGUGAUUGCGUCUGUUCCUACCGUCAGUCCCUCGGACAAAGUACUCCAUGCCCGUCCGCCUUCUUCUGUUGGUAAGUCCCCUAAACACAUUACUCGUUCCUCUGCCGAGUCUGCGUCCUCCCCUGUUCCAUCCUCUCCAUUGCCGACCCCAACCACACCAUCUAUUCCUUCUCCUAAGUCGCCUGUUAAGCCGUCCUUAACCACAAACCCCAAGACUCGGUCUGCCUCUAAACCCAAACCCAAACUCCCACCCCCACCCAAACCAGCACCCCAAUCCACACCAACACCCCAAUCCAAACCUCAACCCACACCCACCCCCAAGCCCCGUGUUCCUAUGCGGUCCAAAGGAAAAGCAAAAAUGCAUGAGUCCUCACCUCUCCCCAAACCAUCGGCUCCAAAACGUAAGCCCAAGGACACUCCAGUUGCACCCUCUCCUAAAAAGUCCAAGCUUACCUCUAGUUCUAAGGAUUCUGUGUUGUUUGUUGGUCCAUCAUCUAUUCAAUACUUUGUUGAUGCAACCAAGGCCUCGCACUAUCAGAGAUGGUUUGCUGUGCGCGACGCGUGGCCUGAAUAUACUGUUGUUUUAGAAGAUUUUCCUGAGUUAGUUGAACUUUUACAGUCUAGGCAUUGGGUUAAUACCGUGUCUAAAUUGGUGUCCCCUCAUCCCAUUCUCAUUAGGGAAUUUUAUGCAAAUUUAGAUAGGUCUGUUGUCGAUGGGAAAAAUGAGGAUUGUCUUACUGCAUUUGUUCGGGGUAGUCGUAUCAAAUUUGCACCAUCCACUAUAUCUCGUGCACUAAAGGUUCCAAAAGUUCUUAAACCUGAAUAUAAUAAGUCAUAUUGUCCAGAUCAAUCUACAAUGGGUCAUGUUUAA